CUUGCAUUGUGUAAUAACCUUCGUAAGAGAAAUAUACAAACCUAAGUUGAUGGUCGCGAAAGAGAAUGGGAGUUCCGAAAUUUUACCGAUGGAUAUCGGAAAGAUAUCCGUGUCUGUCAGAAAUUGUAAAAGAGUUUCAGAUUCCCGAGUUUGACAAUCUGUAUCUGGAUAUGAAUGGCAUCAUUCACGUUUGCUCCCACCCUGAGGAUAACAACCCUCACUUUCGCAUCACCGAGGAGAAAAUCUUCGCCGAUAUCAUUGACUACCUCGAGUUCCUGUUCCGGAUGAUUAAGCCUCAGAAGGUGUUUUUCAUGGCGGUGGAUGGUGUGGCUCCGAGGGCCAAGAUGAACCAGCAGCGGGGACGCAGAUUUAGGUCUGCACGGGACGCUCAAGAACUAGAGAAACUCGCAAGGCAAAAGGGCGAGGUCCUGCCCCCAGAGGAACGCUUUGAUUCCAACUGCAUCACCCCAGGUACACCGUUCAUGGUUCGACUUCAGGAGCAGCUGAAAUACUUUGUUGUGAAGAAAGUAAGCCAAGACCCACUGUGGAAGGGUGUGCGGGUCUAUCUGUCUGGGCAUGAGACGCCGGGUGAGGGUGAACACAAGAUCAUGGACUUUAUCCGGACGGAGAGGGCUGAUCCCAACUUCGAUCCCAACACCAGGCACUGUCUGUAUGGGCUCGAUGCUGAUCUCAUGAUGCUAGGCCUAGCGACACACGAGCCCCUCUUCACCCUGCUGAGAGAGGAGAUCCGGUUUGGAGGCAAGGCCAAACAAAGACCUCAAACGCCAGAGGAGACGACCUUUCACCUCCUGCAUCUAUCCCUGUUUCGCGAGUAUCUUGACAUUGAAUUUUCCGAACUCAAGGACGGGUUGAAAGACUUUGAGUACAACCUUGAGAAUGUUAUAGACGAUUGGGUUCUAAUGGGCUUCCUUGUUGGGAACGAUUUCAUACCCCAUCUUCCCAACCUCCACAUUAACCACGAAGCCUUACCCCUCCUAUGGAAGACAUACAUCGAGGUUUUACCGGAAUGUGGCGGUUAUAUAAACAAUGGAGGCAUUUUAAAUCUUGAGAGGUUUGAAAAAUACCUGAAAGAGUUGUCAAAGUAUGACCUUGAAUUUUUUUCUGAGCUUCAAGAGAAGAAAUCAGGGGCCAGUGCAGAGCUGUCUGAGGUCUUAUCCGAGGCCAGGAAACAAGGCAAAAACCAGCAGCCUGCGGGAAAUCUUCAUGCUGUGUACCAGCAGUUUGCCCUAGAGGACACUUUGGAUGGGGAGGAAGUGGAGGAUAAGGAGCUGGGAACCGAACUCAUGCCUAAGCUGGAUGACCGCUCAGAAGACCAGGACACCGAAGAUUACUCAGAGGGGAAUACUCUUGAUGAUGAGUUCCGGCACCACAAAAACCACUACUACAUGACGAAACUGAAGUAUGCGAGAGUCACUCCGGAGGUGCUGCGUGACCAGGCUAAAGGCUAUGUGAGGGGAAUACAGUGGAUCCUUCUCUACUACUAUCAAGGGGUCCCAUCUUGGAGUUGGUUUUACCCGCACCACUACGCGCCCUACGUGAGCGACGUGAAGGACUUUGCAGACGUAGAUUUGAAAUUUGACAUAGGCACGCCCUUCAUGCCAUUUGAGCAGCUGAUGGCCGUGUUACCUGCCGCUAGCAAGGAACUGUUACCCGUACCUUACCAGAACCUGAUGACUAACGCUACAUCACCGGUGAUCGAGUUCUACCCGCCAGAUUUUAAGACAGAUCUGAACGGUAAACAACAGGACUGGGAGGCUGUUGUGCUCAUACCCUUCAUUGAUGAGAACCGACUGUUGGAGGCAAUACGGCCCGUGUGUCACUUGCUGACCCCUAAUGAAAAGGCCCGUUACAGUCAUGGGCCACAUCUGCUGUAUGAAUAUGUAGAGGAGCCCGGAGAGCCGUAUCGCUCCAUACUGCCAGAGGCGUUCCCUGAUAUAGCUGCCAACCACGCCAGGUUGACCAAGGUGAAUCAAGACGACCACCAUAUUCACCCUGCCCAGCUCCGGAUGGGCAUACUGCCAGGGGCCAAGCUAAAUAUGUUCUUCCCAGGAUUUCCCACACUAAGACAUAUAUCUUAUAGGGCCGAGUUGAGCAAAAAAGGUGUAAAAGUAUUCCAAGCCAACAGUCGAGGUUUCAACACGAUUUUACAUAUCGAGGCCUCAAAAUCAGUGCCAUUGGUCGACAAUAUUGCCCAGGAAUACCUGGGUCAUGAGAUUUACGUCAGCUGGCCGCACCUGUAUGAGGCUAAAGUUGUGGCCGUCUGUGACGAAAAAUACUGGUACAGUGUUGACCAAAAUACUAAUUGACCUUGAAUACACCGAGAGGCCGUGGAUGACAACAUGACCAAUAUCUGGUACAAGGAAAGAGCCAACAUAGCUGAAGGAUACCGUGAUCGACUGGGAGUGGAGGUGGGACAGACACACAUUCUGCUACGGGCCCUGCCCAUAACAGGCAGAAAGUACAUUAUUGAUUCCAAUGAACGUAUCACCAUGGAGAAACAGUUUGGUGCAAAUCCGGUCACCUUUGCUCUCCAGGCAACUGUCAAGGAAAUUACACUUGUACAUGAGCCGGGCUUCGGGAAGGUUACCACUCUGUCAGAGUACAUGCCAGUGAAGGCUCAGGUCUUCAUGUUGGGUUGGCCCCACUACGGCUGUCAGGGGGAAGUGUUGCGAAUUGACAUGCAGAGUUGGGAUGUGAAAAUCAACCUCUCCAUUCUGGAGGAGCCAAGCCUGGCAUACAUUGUUAACACCAUGCAGGACUUUGACAUCCAGUAUGUCCCUGGUUUUGUGGGGGCACAGAAGCUGGGAAUCAGCAGUCACCUGUUGUCCCAACUAACAGGGACCAUCUAUGUUACUGCGGGCUGCGAGGAGGUCGUCAGUGAACAAAUGAACCCUCACAGGGUGAACAUUGGUUUGAACCUGAAGUUUACAAAGAAGCAAGAGGAGGUGCCAGGGUACACUAGGCUGCAGGACGGAAAAUGGGCCUACUCCUUCAAGAGUUUCGACACCCUCAGGGAUUAUAUUAAGAAGUUUCCUGACAUGUUUAAAAAUUUAGACAUCAUCUUCAAAUCUGAUCAGAAAAACAAAAAUAUGUUCUAUGAGAAUGAAGUGAUUCCGCUAAACAGUGACUACAAGCUAAAGAAUGUCGAGGAAUAUCUUGAAGAUCUUGAGUGUAAGAGUGUGGAGUCACAAAGGGCAGGAGCUGACAUCUUGUACGAGGGCGUUAUACAAGCGCUACAAAAGAAGACGGACAAGACUGUGGAGGUGUAUAAGAAGAGACAAAAGAGAGUGGAGAUGCAGGUCAAGCCCCAUCUACUAUACAGGCCAAUUAUACCUAGCGGCUCCCUGAUCCCUGACUCUAGCACGGGGUAUCAGCUGUUUGACCGAGUUGUAAACACACGGCAGGGUUUUUCUGUGCCGUUUGGUCUCCGCGGCACGAUCGUGGGCAUCCACCAAGCAGAGGUGGAGAUCAACACGGUGUAUGAGGUCAUCUUUGAUGAGGACUUUGCUGGCGGAAUCAGUAUCAGGAACUCAUCAAAUCGAGGCUAUCGGAUGUUUCCCUCGGCACUGCUCAACCUGACUCACGGGGAGAGGAAAAAUGGGGCGUGGCCGUCCACACGGGUAAAUAUGUCAGCUCAACAGAUGCAGGGACAGAACCAGGCCAGGCAGUACAGGAAUGUGAGCAGUGAUUUUACGAAUGCUGAUGCUGCGGCCUGGCAGCCUAGUUUCAACAAGAACGAUCAGUAUCAAGGUCAACAGAGAAACCAGGGUUACCAUUACAACAGAGAAGGCAACAACAGCGGUCAACGUGGUCGCCAGACCAACAACCUGGAUUAUGACCGUCAUAACUGGCGUGAUUACCACCAGCAACGGAGGCAGCAGUAUGGACAACAGCUUGAGCGAGACGGCAUGCAGCAGAUGACCUCAUACCAGAGGGCGUCAGAGAUUAUUCCUCCUAACUCAGCAUAUGGCUCCACUACCAACCCACCAGGUUACAACAGCAGUCAACGUGGUCGCCAGACCAACAACCUGGAUUAUGAACGUCAUAACUGGCGUGAUUACCACCAGCAACGGAGGCAGCAGUAUGGACAACAGCUUGAGCGAGACGGCAUGCAGCAGAUGACCUCAUACCAGAGGGCGUCAGAGAUUAUUCCUCCUAACUCAGCAUAUGGCUCCACUACCAACCCACCAGGUUACAACAGCAGUCACCGUGGUCGCCAGACCAACAACCUGGAUUAUGACCGUCAUAACUGGCGUGAUUACCACCAGCAACAGAGGCAGCAGUAUGGACAACAGCUUGAGCGAGACGGCAUGCAGCAGAUGACCUCAUACCAGAGGGCGUCAGAGAUUAUUUCUCCUAACUCAGCAUAUGGCUCCACUACCAACCCACCAGGUCAGCAGCAGUGGCCACACUCCGGUCAGGGGUACCAGUAGAAACGGGAAAAUCCUUGGAAACAGCAGAUCAAUUUUGCAGGCAAUCAGCAGCCUCCUAUAACUCCAGCCGAACUUUGGCUCAGCCAAUUAGAAAAUCAGAUCUGACAAGCCAUUGGUAUGAUCAACCAAUCAGAAUUCUCCAAAGAAAAUUAAUAAAGAAAUGUGAUAAUUAAAUUAAGCAUUGAAAUAUCAGAAUGCAUGUGACUGUAUCUUAUAAUCUAAAACAUGGAUGUGUUUUGAAAUAUUGCUGACUGAAAUUUCACUUUAAGAGAAACAUGUUAAAAUAUAAAGAGAAGUUGAAAUUUUCAUAGUUUACCAAUAUUCAAAUAAAAUAUAUGAAAUGACAUACACACGUUUUCUAUUAUUACCAUUUAUAUCUAAAUGCGUUCAUCAUUAGAUAAAAAAAAACAAUUAUAAGAAAGGAAGUUACGUCCACGUCAUAAUGUUUAAUAACGACACGUCGUUAAGCCUUGUUACAAAAUCUCAUAACAUUGAGGGAAAAAACACAGCCUGUUCACAUGUUCAUUCUUUAUAUUUAGGGCCAUUCCAUUUAACCAUACACCCCACCCCACCCUAUGAAGGCAAAAGAUGUGAAAAUUCUAUAGGGGAUGUUCAUAUUCGGUUUUUUUUGCUUGUUAAUGAUUUAAUUCACUAAGGGUGAAUGUCAAAUCUGAAAGUGCCUUCCUUAUGUGGGAUGUGUGCUUAAGAGUAAAAGCCCUUAUUUGUAUUACAUCGAUGUUUUAAUACAAUGUAAAUAAAAUUGUGCUUUUCGUUUCUUUCUUUUGGAAAAAGAUUUUGAUAGAGGUAUUUAUGGGGGGGGGGGGGGGGUUAAAUCUUAGAAGAAACAUUGAGAUAUUGUCAAAGCCUUUGUGUCUGUGCCAUUGUCAUGCAAUGUUUUUAAACUUUGGUUUGAACUACAAAUAUACAUGCUGGCUUUAAAAGCAUGCGUAACAUGACAAUAUGGUCAUGUUUAGCCAGUAACAUCAUUAAGGCGCAAACGAGCGUUUGUAUCUGCUUCGAUAUGUCUUGUUAUUGUUUUGAAAAGCUUCAUGUGGCCAUGUUUUAUUUUCUAGUUGGUUUUCAUCUUUUAUUGAAAAAGAAUUAUCAGCAGUAUUGAAUAGAGAAAUACAUGUUUGAGUAUUUUAAUGUUGUUGAUUUUUUUAUUAUGAACUUUUUUAAUAUUUUAACAUCAGUUAAUAUUAUGCACAUUAUAGUAUUGAAUAGUGAUAUAUCAGUAUUAUACAUGUACAUAUACAGAUUUUGUGAACAAUAUUUAAAGGUGUUGGUGAGAAAGGAGAGUAUUAGAAGGGAAAAAUUAUGAAAUAGGCUAAGUAUAGAAAAUGAAGGAGUGUGGAAAAAGAUUAGUUCCGGGUGAUGUUUAAACGUAGUCUGCUUUGUAAGUAGAACAGCUAUGUAUGUGCAUAUAUACUUUUAUAAUAAUACUUUAGAGACAAAGGCAUGCUUUGCAAACUAACUCAGCUAUAUUUGAUUAUUCCAAGACAAGUCGAUUCCAUUUUCUAUUAUGUAUGCUAAGUUUGUUUCAACAUACAUAAUUUUACAUAGAUAAUCAUUUGGAACAAAAGAUAAGCUAAUAUAUGUCGCUUUUAUUAUUAAUAAUGUUUUCUUCAUUUGUUCCCAAUUUUAAUACAAUGAUACUUUUUAUUAUGAAACUCUAUGUUCACACAAAUUUAAACCUUUUUUAUUUUAUAAGACAGACUGUGUGUGAUGCUAAUAGUUUCAAACAAUGACUGCAUCGUAUCUUUGAAAUGUUUUUGCAUUAGUGCUCUGAAUUGUAUUCCUUCGUCCGUGGGAUCCUUAAUCAUUGAAGUACUUGGAGUUUACUAAUAAGUUUAUUAUAAUUUGUUAUUAUUAAGUUUCCUCAAGUUAAUGCAUUCUUUGAAAAGAUUUACCUCCUACGAUUUUUCUCUAUUUAGGAUUGUUGGGAUAAGAGUGAGGUUUGUGCACGUAAACUGGUUUAAACCUCCAGUAAAUUUACAUUUUACUGGCCGUUCCAAGGCGGUACCUAACAAUCCUUGAUAAAUAUUUUUAUAUAGUAUGUAUGCACUGUGCUGUUUGUGGAGCUUUGUGCUAUUCUUCCAUGUUUCUUGUUUGGGAUUUUUUGUUUUGUGUUCUAUGUCUUUGGCGUGUACCCAGUGCCAUUAAACCGGGUUUUUGUUUAAACUUUUUGCUACUAAGCUUAUUUAUGUAGCUUUUCGCAUAGGUAUUAGAAAAGGCUAUAUGCGCUUCCAUUUCUUUCCUUAACGAUUUUAAUAAAAAAAAACUUACAGUAAUAUAGUUAUAUUGCUUUCAAUAUUAUAAAAUGCGUUAUGCUUAUAUGAUCCUUUUUUGAAUUGUACAUCAAAUUUUAUUGUUUGAUAAUCGAUUGGUUCUGGGAUAUUAUUUUUGCUCAUUAGGUUUUUGAUAUUAGACCAAAAAACCUGACGUUGAUGGCCCUCGAAGAAGAAGUGCUUUAUUGUUUCGAUAUGCAUGUUACACAUAUCACAUAUCACACAUAUCACACUGGACUGUUUUACAUUUGAAUUAAAACGUGUUAGUCGGCAUUCAUUUAUUGAUAUACUUAUAUUGAAACGCUCUAAGCUUUGUGUCUAUAGUACAUUUAAAGAGAUUUAAGUAUAUUGACUUCCAGUCGAUGUCUUGGUAUAUAUUAUUUCAUUUAUUUUGAGGUUUAUUCACCGCUCCGUUUAUAGUUUGUUUUUAAUAAUUUUCAUUUACAUAUCUGUUUGUUUUUAGGAGCUGGAAUAUUUUGCCAAUCAAUUUAUUUUAAGACUCAUGUUAUAGACUUGAAAUUAGUGAAUAAUACUUUAGAAAAUCUAUUGUUAGUAUAUUGCACCUUUUUAUAAGUUUUUCAAAUGUAUAAAAUAGUUUUGUCAUGUUAUCGAGUAUAUGUGUUAUGUAUAUGAUGCCAUAUGUGUACCAUUGUUUGUCACUCCACGUUCUAUCGUAAAGAUAUCUAUGAAUGACCGUUGUUAUUAUACAAGCCGGUAUAUAUAUUAAUAAAAUGAUUUAAUCCAUUUAAUGAAAGAGUUAACAAAAAUAAAGUAGAGUUUUUGUGUCGUUUAACCGUUAAAACCUUCUAAAUAUUCUGAUUUAGAUCUAAUUAGGUGGCCUUAAGCUUGCUGUUUGUUAUGUCUUCUUGUGAUUAUUCUUUCAUUUUAACAUAUUGUUUAAAUGAUUGUUAGGAUUAUUGGCGUAUUGUAUGUCUAAUUUGUUAAUUUUCUCCGUUAGUUUCUGUUCUCUCUGAAGUGUUUCUUUUGUUUUUAAUGUGCAAAAUUAAAAUGGGCCAUUUUUAAUGGCACCCUUUGAUCAUUUUCCACAAAUUGUUUGGAUUUUCAUUCUAAUUAAUUUCGUUGAUGUUAAGAUAUAUCUAAUUCAAUAGUUACAAAUGAAUGCCUGAUCUUAUUGCUAGCUGAUAUUCUACUCUCAGAAAUAUUAUUUGAUUUAUUGGUCGAAACCAGGAAGUAAUCAAGUCUGCUAAAAAUAGGGGCUUAUAAUUUGAGUGCCAUGUAAAUUGUUUUUAUUUGGAUGUUUAACCCUCCAUAUAACUACUCAAUUAUAAUUUUGAAUAAUAAUUUUAUCCCUUCCUUUUAAUAUUCUUGAUUUAAUAUUAUAUUGAAAUCCCCACUGACUUUAAUUGGCUUUUCAUCAUUUUCCACGAUAAAUUGAUCUCAAAUACUAAAAUACUCCAGAUCAUCUGCACUUUGGUCAUACAUAUUUAUAAACAUAAUAUUUCUUUCUACUAUUUCAAUAUUUGCACACUGUGCAGUACCCUUUAUGAUCUCUUUAUGUUCUAGGAUUGUGAAGUUAUUGUUCAGUUUAACAUUAAACAGGUACCUUUUCAAUGAAUUUUCAUACAAUUCAAUACCUUAUUUUUAAAAAGAAUACAUCCAUUGUAUGACCCUGUAAGUUAAUUUAAAUGAAUAAAGUUUCUCUUAUAAAGAUUGUUUAAGAAAUCUGUGGAUGUUUUUAUGACUUUUUAAC